AAAAAAAAAGCUUUCAAAAACUACGCGUCCCUUCCCAACACCAAAACCCUAGCUCUCUCUCGUUCCUUCCUUUUUCUUUAUUUCUUUUCUCUCUCCGCGUCUCUUUUAGAUUUUGUUUGGAUGCUUUGAAUCCUUUUGAUUUUCUUUUCUUUUCUUGUCUUUCGUUUUGCUCAAGCUUUUAAAGGAUGGAAGAUAAAGAGGGGGCCGAUCCAGGGACUGAGUUUACAUCCGAUUCGAGCUGGAUACUUGCUGGAGAACCUGACUCAGUCUCCGACAGCGUUAAUUACUUUCUCGAUAGGGAAAGCAAUAUUCUGAGUGAGUUCGGGUGGAAUCUACAACCGGACCAUGCCGAAGAGAUUGAGAGGUUCGGUGAACUCGAUCGGACCGACACCAGGCCUGAUUUGGCGGGAAACUUUAGUGUCUCACAGAGCUGUGGUGAAGUUGCUGGUGGUGCUGGUGGUUCGGGUUCAGGGACGGGGUUGAAUCCGGGCGGGGCAGCUGACGUGUCGACAUCUAAUCCGUCUGUCUCGUCGAGCUCCAGCGAGGAUCCGCCGGAGAAAUCUACGGGCUCCGGCGGGAAACCGCCUGAGAUACCGAGUAAGGUCAGGAAGAAGGGGCAAAAGCGAAUUCGGCAGCCACGUUUUGCAUUUAUGACCAAGAGUGAAGUUGAUCAUCUUGAAGAUGGCUACCGAUGGCGGAAAUAUGGACAAAAAGCUGUUAAAAAUAGUCCAUUUCCAAGGAGCUACUAUCGGUGCACAAAUAGCAAAUGCACGGUGAAGAAGAGGGUAGAACGCUCCUCUGAAGAUCCCUCCAUUGUCAUCACUACAUAUGAAGGUCAACAUUGUCAUCAUAGCGUCGGAUUCCCCCGUGGUGGACUCAUCAGCCAUGAAGCUGCCUUUGCUGGUCGACUGACUCCGGCAGUCUCACAAUUUUAUUAUCCUGGGGUACCGUUACAUAGUGAACUUGCUCCAAGCAUGACACAAUCACACCAAGUACCCAGUGACGUAAGAGAAUCUCAUGCGGUGCCAGAACCCACCUCACAGCUUCCCACAGAUGAAGGAUUACUUGGGGAUAUUGUGCCUCCUGGAAUGCGUAACAGAUGAGAAAGAAAAUAUGGCAUAUAUGCGAUUGGUAUAUAUAAACUGAAAGUUAUCCUUCUCCUGAUGACCAGCUCCGGAUAUCAGAAGAACCAAUUCAAGGCAAAUUUUUCCAAGAUGGAAGUGAGUCCUUUACCUGAAAACACAGUUCCUUAAUAUCAUAAUAUUUAGUUACACAAAUCAGGUAUUGCUCACAUGAGUUCAUUCUCCCUUGGGAAGAUUUAUCUAACCUCAGCCCUUCAAUUCUAAUAUAUAUAUAUAUAUAUAUAUGCAUGUGAAUAUUGAAAUUCCUGUUUGAGCUGGAGAUCAUUACUGCAGUUCAUAGUAUUAAUUUCUUAGCCGAAAAAAAUUCAUAUUAGUAGUACUUGGUAUUUUUCUUAUAAUUAAGUAUAUAAGAAUAUUUAAAGAAAAUGUGAAAAGAACCGGAUCUUGGAUCUAUUCUGCUCUUUUUUUUUCUUUUUUUUUUAUGCUGUUGGGCGGUCACUCUUUGUAAAGCUCUUCAUGGUUCGUACGUGACUGUGAACUGCAGGAAUCGAUAAUAUCAAUAGCAAAAGAAAGGAGCUGUAAAUUGGUCCACUUGUUUUUAUGGCUCAGUUGCGUGGUUUUCAAUGUUGCUUCAGAGUUAGGCAGUCAGCCGACAUUGCUUUUUUAAACCCCCUCCCCCCUAGGCCCCUACUUUUUAACCUUUAUUGCUUUACUUGGCUCCUUUUUUUUUCACCAAAUUUUUUAAUCCUUUGUCUUUUAGGGUUACGUUAGUUGUGGGAGAUGAUGAGCUCCUUGUGUUUACCAUAACCCCAAAGUGCAAUUAACGAUUAAUUGUUGGCUUUAUUAAUUUCAAUGAUUCAUCUUGGAAUAUAACAGUACAGUGGUCAGCCACUAUAUUUAUCAUCUAAUCUAAGGUAUAUAUCCUCUUUGUCCGUCUAGCCACUUAACUCCAAUAGCUAAAGCAUUUUUCAUUUUCAUUCCUAUGAUUUCAUAUAAUAAUAUAAUAUAUCCAUUGUUAGAGAGGUUGCUCUUGCUUUACGAGUAUUCUUAUUAGUUGUAAAAAUCAUUUAACCACAGCCUUACAAAAUGUAUACUACUAUUUCUCAUUUAUUUAAAGCAGGCAUAAUUUACCUACUAUAUUAAAGUUUCUCAUUCUUUAGAAAUUUUCAAUUUUUUUGGAUAAUUAUGUUGAACAAUCUUCUCUAGUUUUUAAUACAAUACCUUUAUGCAAAUAAAUUAAUUGAUUCUGUUAAAGUGUUAACAUAUAUGCAUUACUCAUCACAACUGGAACUUAGAACUUCUAUACAAAUUUCAUCCUUCGUAUAAUUUUUUUUAAUAGGAAAGUUGUAGUUUUGGGAAGAGGAAAGAAGUUACUACUAUAAAAAUUCUAAACUUACUGAAUGUAAUUUUUUAAAGAUAAAUAUAUAAAUCAUUUGAAUUAAACUUGGAUUUCAUUCCAUAAUCACUUGAGUUAUAUUAUCAACAAUCCAUAUAAUUAUCAACAAUUAUGAUUGAUGAUCACACUUGAUAUCAAUAUCACAUACGUAUGCAUAUUCUAUGAAAAAGAAAAAUCAAGAUGAUGUUCAUGGAGGAUAAGAAGGUAAAGUAGAAAGUUGAUCGGUGAAAGGCCCUAACAUAUCAAGUACUUAUGUACCUUGUUCACAAAUAAUUGAGUUCCCUCUUAUCUUUUCUUAUUCUUUCU